AUGAGUGCUGCGAGGUUUAUAAAGUGCGUGACUGUUGGUGAUGGUGCCGUUGGUAAAACUUUUUUGCUGAUUUCAUACACAAGAAACACUUUUCCUACGGACUAUGUGCCCAUUGUUUUUGACAAUUUCAGUGCUAAUUUUGUUGUUAAUGUGAGUACUGUGAAUCUGGGGUUGUGGGAUACUGCAGGACAGGAAGAUUAUAACAGAUUAAGACCUCUGAGUUAUCGUGGGGCGGAUGUGUUCAUAUUGGCAUUUUCCCUCAUUAGCAAGGCCAGUUAUCAAAAAGAUCUACGGGAUGAUAAGCAGUUCUUUAUCGAUCAUCCUGGAGCUGUACCCAUUUCUACGGCCCGGGAGAAUGUGAAGGCGGUUUUUGAUGCAGCCAUCAGAGUGUUUCUUCAACCACCCAAGCAAAAGAAAAAGAAGAGCAAAGCACAGAAGGCCUGCUCCAUAUUGUAA